AUGCCAGGUCUCAUCUCAGCUCGCAGCAUUGGGUCGCGCGACCUGGCGGCGUCCGUCAAUGGCACAGACGGAUUGGGUGAGGGCCUGGACAAGCUCGGAGCAAAAUACAGGGGCCGGCGCCGGGCCCUCCUUGUGGCUGUGAACUACGUACAAUCUGACCGUGGGGUGCCGCGCCUCUAUGGGUGCACGAAGGACGUGGAGUUGGCGCGUGAGCUGCUGACGAGUGUGUAUGGCUUUGAGGAAAGCGACAUUAUGGUGUUGGCAGAUGCGGGCCCCUUCUCGCGGCCGCAUGCGCUGCCAACAAAAACCAACAUAGUGCAGUACCUGAACCAGCUCGUUGAAGAGAGCGAGGAAGGUGACACUGCAUACUUCCACUAUAGUGGCCAUGGCGCUCAGGCUCCAGACUCAACCGGCAAAGAAUGGGACGGGCUGAUGGAGGUCCUGUGCCCUUCGGACAUGACGGUGUCCGGACCGGACGGCUUCGACAACUACAUCGGACAGGAGGAGUUCAAGGACCUCAUUCUCAACUUCCGCCGGGGGGUGUGGGGUGUGGUCGUUCUAGACUGCUGCCACUCAGGGGACGACUCUCCGGGUUCCGGUUCCGGUCAUCGCGGGCUUCCGGAGGAGUCCGAAGACUCCCCGCCCUUCCGCAACCGGAAAAUCAACUUCAUGUCUCCAAGCGAGCAGGGAGGCUUGACCCGUGGCCCUGACGCCCCUUUUGGAUCCAACUCCCAAUCGGCGGGCCUUCUAGACGCGCCGGGCGACGUCGCUGAGAUUCCGGUCAUGUGGUCCGCUUGCGGGGAGUCUCAGACGAGCGCCGACGCGAACAUCAACGGCGGCCCCGUGGGAGCGUUCAGCCACUUCUUCUACGGGACGCUCCUCGCUGCCGGGGGGGACACCGCCCGCCUCUCUGACGUCAUGAAUGCCGUCAAGGGGGGCCUGAAGAAGGGCCGGUUCACACAACGCCCCAUCUUCAAACUGAAACACGGAAGUGGUCGGGAGGUCCUACCGCUCGUCCCCCCCCCGGGAGGAAGCUUCACCCGGCGCGCUCUCCCGCGUGUCCUGUCAACGGCGAACCCGAGCACGGUGACGUCACGUCGUGACGACAGCCCCUUGGGAGAGGUGGACACGACGGCGGUGGUGCGCAAGCUCGAGGCGCAGAGCGGGUUGGCGCCCGAGGACUUGCAGGUUUUGGAAAAUCCACCGAACGGAAAACGUCGGGAGCCGAUACUGGAGUGGAAGACAGGUGUGGCGCCGCCAGGGGCCAGUGGAGAAAAGGACGCCCCGCCAGGGGCGGCGCUUGACUGGGACGCCUCUCAGAUCUACGCUCGGGCGCUCGCGGCCGGAGGGUUUAAGGGUUUAAGGGCGGCCGCCCAGCUGGCGGGCGACGCGGCUCUGCUCGAGAUCCUCAGCCGGGGGGCCUUUCGACGGCUGUCAACGGACACCGUCCGCGACCCCGCCAGCGCGGACUUCACGCCGCGGGGGGUCCCUGUAGACCUGCUGGAGACCCCCCCGGGAGACGGCAUGGCGGCGGAGCGGGUCAGCGCAUAUCUGCAGAGAGUGCUCGCCGCGGUCCCCGGCGCAAGCGGCUCCCUCGACCAGGCACGUGCCGUCCUCUGGGAAGAACUUCGCCGUCUCGGGGGGGAGGCCUGCGUGGCUGCCGGCACUCCUGCGCUCGACACCCCCGCCAAAGACUCGCCCGACAUCAACUCCACUUACGCUGCGAUCUACUCACUGAUCGCCCCGCUAAACAACCCCAUGCUAGUUCGUUCCGCUCUGGGCGUUGUUACGGGGCUCGCAUACGACCUCGACUUCUGGGACGCGUAUGACGCCGCGACAGCGGGGAGACCGCCGCCCGCGGACGUUCCGGCGGAGAUCCGGCCGGUCGGGUCAGCGAACGACGGAAGGGGCGACGGUACGGCGGCCGGAUCGCCGACCGGUUUUGCGAACGGAUCCGUCGACGGAAACGCUUUGGCGACCAGAAUGACCGCCGGAAGGAAGAUUACCAACCCGCCCCCGUUUCUCGCCUGGGACGAGGAACUGGGUGCGAAGGUGGCGGCGUAUAAUGACUUCGUCGCUAAGUAUGCUGGUGAGAUCGACGAAGACGCCGCCCGCCGUUCUCUCGUUGCCUCCCUGAUCGCCGAGAAAGGCGGCGCGGGGCUCUGGUUCGGCGAGAUCAUGGGCCGCACCGCCGUCCCCCCCUGGGAACCUUCCACGGGGACCGACCAGAUGCGCACGCUGGGUUCUAACGUGGGAACCCCCGUCGUAGGACUGGUCGGAGAACACCCCCGGGAGAAACAACUGCUGGGGACGAUGCUCGCGCUCACCGGGAGCAUCCAGGGCGUGCAGGUGGGCCUGGACAUCGCCCACGCCGCCCGCUUGGGGUCCCUCACCGAGCCCGACCGCCAGCGGCAUUUCGGUUCGCUCCUGGCCCUCUGCCGGCCCGAGGCAAGCUCCCGGGAGCUGCUGUCCGCCACGUGGCAGCUCAUUGGCCUUGAGGUCUUCCUUCGGACGCCCGGAGGCGCGUCCGGCAGCUCCCCCCACCGCUGGAACGGCGACACCGUGGCGGGGCUGGUCGCGUACGUGAGCGCCGCGUCCGGAAAUUCGGACGCGGGGGACGCGGCGUCCGAGCUCGUCCGGGCGACGAUCAGACGGGACGAAGAAGACGAGUCUGCGCUGGCGGCGGACUUGUACGGACUGGCGGGGCCGCUCGGGUGGGAGGUUCUGAGAGGCCGCGCGCGCGAGUUCGCGGUCGACGGGCGCGUGACGCCCGAGGAGGCCUCGCUUCUGUUGGACGACCAGGCGUUGUUGGGCUUCUGCCAGGUUGCGAGGGAGCAACUAGACGCGGUGACGAAAAGCCUCGUCGAAGCGGCAAAGGGCCUGAAGGGUCUCAGUGACGACGACACCGCAAGUGUCGACGGGUUCGAGAAUACCAAGGGCAUCACCGUGGCGCUAAGAAGCUGCGAGCACGUGAUGAAAACGUUUAAGAGUUGGGACGCCUGCAAGAAGGCCCUGCUGGGCGGGGCCAAAGAGAAGGACACCGGAAAGCUUAUGGACAUGCUGAUAGCGUACCGCAACUACGAGUGGCGCAAGAUCUGGUACACGAUGGUGUUGCCGACCGUGAGGCGUUUCUACGGCGAGGACCCGGGCUUUAUGGAUCCGGACAUCGACGAGCCGUCCGGUUCCACCGUCCGGACGUCCGACAUUGACGUGCCGGUUUGGAAAGGCUCCCGAGCCGGAGAGGCGGUGAAGGUCUUCAACCACGAGUUCCGUCUACGCUGGGACGGAGCGGAAUCCGGCAUCGUCUUCGACGUGAACCUGUACGGGCCCGGCUUCCUGCGGAGCUUCAAGGAAGUCGAGGGGACUCACCAGCUGGUGCUCGUCGGGCACGUGUCACGUGUCAGCCAGCCAUACGGCGGCGUCCAGCACCCCGCGGCCCGGCGCUGGGACGUCUCCAGCCAGAUGGGCUGGGCGCUCGCGCGCCUAGUUCUCAACAGCCGAGACAUGGAAUUCCUCGCGUUCCGCGCGGCGGUGCAGGUGUACGCGCGCGCGUUCGAGCUUUUGGUCCCGGCCGUGCUCGAGCUGGAGCCCUUUAACACCGGAGACAUUCUCACCAGCGUCGCUCCGAAGAGGGCCGCGGACUUUCUCGCCGCGUGCGGCGCCGGGAGUGGGGACGUGUACCGCCGCGGGGGGCGGCCGGUCGAUCUUCUGGAGGAGGCGGUUCCGGCGGAACAGGCGGCGGAACCGAAGGCCUGGCUAAUGGGCAGAACCAACAGGAUCUACGAGCAGACGCUCCUGAGAGUCGACCGGAGGCUUCGCGCGUUUGAGAAAGUCAAGAAUUACACGCCCCCGCUGAGGAGUGCCGAUGAGCUGGCGGCGAUCACGGGCAUGGUUGAAGACAACUUCGACGACGUCGCCGUUCCUUUCAGAGAGUGGCGGGACGGCUCGCGCUUCGAACCAAUAGAACCCCUGAAAUUCGAAGAAAUCGGAGCUGCUGGUCCCGAAGGAUUCCAGCUGGCAAUGGACUAUGUUACGACGUCGUUUCGUGACACGAUAUGCUGGUCAAACAUGUUUUCCAACGAGGCGUACUACACGGAGGCCGCGGUCCAGCACGCGGUGGACAUCCAGAACGCCAAGAAGAAGCACCCGGGCACGCGGCCGCCCAACCUCAGCCCGGCAGAGUGGGGGGUUUGCGUGCAGGAAAAUAUUGCGAGCUUCCUCGAGCAUUCGUACGAUCCCCAAGCCGACCCGGGGAAGGCCCUGCUCAAGAAUGGGAAGUACCUCCACCGCGCGCUCGACGCGCUGCGCGUGACGCUCGAAACCCCCAACCGCCCAUACGCGCGUCGGCUGCGCGCCGCGGCCGCGUGCGUGAACCCCUACUUCGAGACCGGGGACGCGCUCCUGCGGCGCCUGCAGAGGCUGGCGGAGAAGUUCAUGCUCAUGAAGAACGGAUCGGAGGCUGACGUGUACGAUGACGUCAGGAACACGCUCCUGGAGUGGUGGAGAACCGAUGGCGAGCCGGGCGACGGUGGACGAGAGAAGAUGCUGCGGCUCUGGUUCGACAGCGGCCGUCGAAGGGAGGACGGCUGUCUGGUAUACACGGUUCUCUUCGAUCCGAUCCGGGGCGGAUUGCCGAACUACGCGCGGGCUUGGCUCGAGAACCUGCUGAAGCCGGGCGGCCGAGAACAGCAGCGGAAGACGGCUCUCGCCGAAACGCGAGAGCUGGUUCGGAGGCUGGGCGCGUUCCUGUACGUAUACUACAGUAUGGCCGUAUGGCCCCUGCCGGAGAGUCUGGACCGGAGCGUCCGCUCUCGAGGCCUGGAAGGGACAGCCAGGCUCAUGUCCGAUCUGGACAAGUGGCAGGUACGCGACACGGUUUGGAUCGUCACCGCGUUGGAUCCCGUUGAAGCCGUUACCCCCGUCCCCGGUCAAGGCGCAGCGCCCAGCCUCGCCAAGCAGGGCUCCAAAAACGAGUGGAAGGUGCUCUUCGCGCGAGGCGGCCGCGUGCGCUUCUGCUCUUCCGACGGGCGCUUCCUGGGGCGCUCGGACAAGGCCUUGGAGCCGGCACUUUUAAACGUGACACCGGCGGACCAGCAGGCUACUGACGUCAUCAAGAAUAUCGACUGGCAACUCGUGUCAGUCCCUGGCGCAGUGACUGAAGUGCUCAUCAAAGUGCCCGAGACGGAAACGUACCUCUAUUAUUCGUGGAUCUCAAAGCCGUUCGAGGGCCAGGGCCCGGUGCGGACCUUGACGCUGCGCAUUAUAGCCGUCCCCGGCAAAAAGCAGGCACCGGAAGCGGCGGUUGUCGCGGCCGCGCCGCUAUUCGACUUCCCGGGCUUGAAGGCCGCGGAGGCGGCGCUGACUGCGGCGACGGCCGAGAGGGACCGGGUCGCCAAUGCCCGGGAGACUCUCUCCCCCGGAGCGCCGAGCGGAGUGCGGGACGCGAUGACACAGGAUUUGGUCAAAGCCAAGGAGCAGGUACAACAGGCGACCGACGCGCUGGCGGCCGCGCGGGACGCCGCGGCCGCGACCACGGCCCUCGCGACCGCGAACGCGAAGGCAUUCGAGGCCGCGAGGGCGCGGAAAAGAAACCUCGACAGGGAGGCAAGGCAGCCGGAGGAGGCGCCCCCGGCGCUCCCCGGUUCCUCUUUCCGGUUCCUGUACGGCGGGGCGAGCGCCCGGUACAUCACGGCGUUGGAGGUGCAGGCGCUGGCGAUCGUAGGUGGGGCGCAUUAA